GCAAAGACACUGAGCUACAUCGAGGAAAAGGAUUGGGCUACAAUCUCAUAUAGUGGAACCGUCUUGGGUUAUGGAGUCUGAACAACCUAGACUGGUGGUUGGUUUCUCAGUUACAGUGUUGGGCAAAUUGCUUAACUCAUGAGCCUUGGUUUUCUGACGGAAAACAGAGGUCAGGUAGAGGAGUGUCUUCUCUCCGUGCGGAUUGCGGCCUUUGGUGCGAGCAUGUCGUCCAUCUUGCCAUUCACUCCACCAGUUGUGAAAAGGCUGCUGGGAUGGAAGAAAUCAGCUGGUGGAUCUGGAGGAGCAGGCGGAGGAGAGCAGAAUGGACAAGAAGAAAAGUGGUGUGAGAAAGCAGUUAAAAGUUUGGUGAAGAAACUAAAGAAAACAGGACGAUUAGAUGAGCUUGAGAAAGCCAUCACCACUCAAAAUUGUAAUACUAAAUGUGUCACCAUACCAAGCACUUGCUCUGAAAUUUGGGGACUGAGUACACCAAAUACGAUAGAUCAGUGGGAUACAACAGGCCUUUACAGCUUCUCUGAACAAACCAGGUCUCUGGAUGGCCGUCUACAAGUGUCCCAUCGGAAAGGACUGCCACACGUGAUAUAUUGCCGAUUGUGGCGCUGGCCUGACCUUCACAGUCACCAUGAGCUCAAAGCAAUCGAAAACUGCGAAUAUGCUUUUAAUCUUAAAAAGGAUGAAGUAUGUGUAAACCCUUACCACUACCAGAGAGUUGAGACACCAGUUCUGCCUCCCGUACUGGUGCCGCGGCACACUGAGAUCCUAACAGAGCUGCCUCCUCUGGACGAUUAUACCCACUCCAUUCCAGAAAACACUAAUUUCCCAGCGGGAAUUGAGCCACAGAGUAAUUAUAUCCCAGAAACGCCACCUCCUGGAUAUAUCAGUGAGGAUGGAGAAACAAGUGAUCAGCAGUUGAACCAAAGUAUGGAUACAGGAUCUCCAGCAGAACUAUCUCCUACUACUCUUUCCCCCGUUAAUCAUAGUUUGGCCUAUUAUGAAUUAAACCAGAGGGUUGGCGAGACCUUCCACGCAUCACAGCCCUCACUCACUGUCGACGGUUUCACAGAUCCAUCCAAUUCAGAGAGGUUCUGCCUAGGGUUGCUCUCCAACGUCAACCGAAACGCGACUGUAGAAAUGACAAGAAGACAUAUAGGAAGAGGAGUGCGCUUAUAUUACAUCGGUGGAGAAGUUUUUGCCGAGUGCCUAAGUGAUAGUGCAAUCUUCGUGCAGAGCCCCAACUGUAAUCAGAGAUACGGCUGGCACCCUGCAACCGUGUGUAAAAUCCCACCAGGCUGUAAUCUGAAGAUCUUCAACAACCAGGAAUUUGCUGCUCUUCUGGCUCAGUCCGUUAAUCAGGGUUUUGAAGCCGUGUAUCAGCUAACUAGAAUGUGCACCAUAAGAAUGAGUUUUGUGAAAGGGUGGGGAGCGGAAUACCGAAGGCAGACGGUAACGAGCACUCCUUGCUGGAUUGAGCUUCAUCUGAAUGGACCUCUACAGUGGUUGGACAAAGUAUUAACUCAGAUGGGAUCUCCUUCAGUGCGUUGCUCGAGCAUGUCAUAAGGCUUCGUCACCACUCAAGUCCCAUCAAAAGACUCAAUGUACCAACUCUUCUGUCAUAGUAUUUGUGUGUGGUCCCCAUGGACUGUUCACUGUCCAAAAAUUCAAGAGAGAAAACAGCACUUGAGGUCUCACCCAUUAAAGCACCUUGUGGAAUCGGUUUCCUAUAUUCGAAUAUUAGAUGGGAAAAUUAGUGUCUAGAAAUACCCUCCCAUAUAGGAGAAAGAGAAGAUUUUAAAGACUUAACUGAUGUCUCGUUGGGCAUAAAACCGAGUGUCCCACAGGUUUGUUAAUACCAGUAGUAGCUCUGUGUACAGGUAAUGUGUCAUGAUCCAGCAUCACAGUACUGUGCUGUUCAUAUACACGUUUAGUUUGCAUAAAUUAGGUGUGUGUGUGCUGCUUCUUGAAUUAGGCAAGCCUUUAUAAAGUUACAGUACCUAAUCUGUUAUUCCCACUUCUCCGUUAUUUUUGUGUGUCUUUUUUAAUAUAUAAUAUAUAUCAAGAUUUUCAAAUUAUCAUUUAGAAGCAGAUUUCCCUUGUAGAAAAACUAAUUUUUCUGCCUUUUACCAAAAAUAAACCCUUGGGGGAAGAAAAGUGGAUUAACUUUUGAAAUCCUUGACCUUAAUGUGUUCAGUGGGUCUUAAACAUUCAUUUUGUGUUAUUUACUGCUAAAUCUCACUAUACGGAAACUGCAGAAAAUCUUUCCAGACCUCUCUUCCAUUCCCACUUUUGCCCUGAUACCAAAACCAUGUAGCAUGACAUCCAUCACUAGUAAUGGUGGCUCCAAUACUGCCAGCACCAGUUAGUUCUGGAGCACAGUACGAGUUCAUAUGGAUAAGUCCCUUUGUCUUAAAACAGAUUUCCGUGGAUAGUAAUAGACUCGUGUAACCAAGCAGUCUGCUGAUUUAUCCUGACACCUCAUCAAAACAAAUGGCAGUAGAUUCAUUUUCAGGGAUAUGCUACAAUGACUUCAGUAUAUUUAUCCUUUUUUUAAAGCCGGUCUAUAGAUAAAAACACUCUUUUUUAAAAGCUCUUUUAAAAUAUUUCAAUAGCAGACCUAGUGCUCUCUGAGUUUCUUCUGCGUUCGUUACCAGGUUGUAUUAUGAAAUGGACCUUUUGUAAAUGUAAUUGCUUCUGCAAAAUACCUACAAAAGUGAUGCUGAGGUAUGAUCAGCAGAUAAGGGCCAUCUGUUUUUUAAAGUAUGUUGUAUUAAAUUUAUAAAAAUCUGUUAUUUUACAUAAUUAUGAAUUCAGAAUUUUAAACAUUGGGGGAGAAGCUGUUUAGCGAGUUUUUUAGCUUAUAAUUACCUACAGUCUGGGGUCUUCUGAACUAAUCCUAAAUGUGUGGUUGAUAUUACAACCAAGGACAUUUUAGGCUGUGUGGCCAGAGGAGAUUCCAGAAGCUACGCUAUGUUGGUAGUCCGUUCUGGUAGUCUGUUUGGUGGCAGAUAAUCUUUAGAUGGAAUGUUGACUCUGCAGUUUAAACAGUUCUCGUUUGCAUCUCUUUACAAGAGGGAAAUUGCCACUCCUGACCCCCUACUAGUACAUUUUCAGAUUUUUGGAGAUAGACACUUUUGGUACUUGUUCUUUGAAACCAUAUUCAGCUGUCUCUACCGGUAUCAUUUUCAAUACUCUCAGCAUUUGAUUGUUUUCUACUGGGUAUUCCCCCAUUUUCCUGUAUUUGUGUGUACAUGUAUGUGUUCAUACAAACUCAAUUUUUUAUUCUUUCAGCAAGUAGUUAACUGUUCACCUGUUACGUGUGCCGGGAACUUUCUUUGCUUUGGGUAAAGGUGAACAAGUCAGAUCCGGUCCCGGCCAUGGCUGAGACAUCAGUUACUCUAACCCUUAAUUAGCUCAUUUGUCUACGAAGGAGGUAAACAGGGGACUGUGGUAGAGCAUAGCAGGGAAGGCUUUUCUAAGGAAGUGGUGCUUGAACUGACAUUCGACAUAAGAAGGGAGCAGGCCAUGGGGAGAGCCCAGGAGACUGGCAUUCUUGGCAAGGAGAACGGCAUCAAAUGCCAGGGUUCAUUGUGAAGGCAGCUCAUCAUUAGGUAUUAAUGCUUGCCCAGAAGUCUCUUCACAGAUCUAAACUUGGGGACCAGAAGGGUUCUUUAAUUUACAAUAGUUUAUAUAGUGGCCUUACUUGAUAGACAGCUUCCCUUGUCCCAGGUAUGACCACUGUCAGGCUGGCUGGAGAGAGCCAGUGCAGCCUCUGCCCUUUGAAAGGUUUUAGCUUCCUUGAGAGCUUGUGGUGAUGUCAGGGAACAGUUCUGGGGGCAGAGAACAGGUUUGAAAGAGGCAGAAGGGCCUGGCCAUGAGUCUUGGAUGGAGGUGUUCCGUGGAGCCGUUUCCAGUGACAGAGUUCCAGCUGUGAUUCUGUCUCCAGCUGUGUCGGGGCUCUUCCUUAGAAUAGUCAACUGGGUCUCGGCUCUUUGGCAAUGCCUGUUACACUGAGCGCCUAACACCCAUCGAGCCAUUGACUCCACUGGUGUUCAGUAAUCUUACAUGCUUUUUUAGAAGAUGCUAUUUCUUGAAUUCUGUUUUGUCUACUGUGGCUUAAAUCUUGUUGAUUUUUCCCCCCUUUAUUGGGGUUGUUUUCAUUCUUCUCAAUGAUAAGUUCUCAAUGUUGAAUUUUGUCUCUGUUUAAAUGAGCAACAUUAUUUAGAACUGCCCCUCCACAGGGCUGGUAACUUUCUCGGUCUCACGUGAAAACUGAGUGAACGCGUUUUCCAUUACAUUCCUAAGAUGGAUGGUGAUUUGCAGUCCAGUCCAUCCAGAGCCACCGUAGGGAAUUGGAGGCUGGUGACGUCCCCAUUGACGUCCCCAAUUCAAGUGGCAGCUUUGUUUCCAUCCUGUAAUGGAGUUCUGUAUAGAUUUCUUUUUAAAAAAGAGUUUUACAGAUUUAAAAAAAAAUUUAAAAAAACUUUGAAAAGUUUGUGUAAGCACUGUUUAGGAUUAAGAUACAUGAGUGGACUUCGGCCCACCUUUGGAAACAAGUCUGCUUGUGUUCUUUUCUCCUACUUCAGGGAACCUUCCUGAUGAGGUUCAAACUACACCAGUUACACUAAUUAUACAUUAUGUCAGCCAUUCAUUCAGUCAACAUUUAUUGAUGCGGUGCUAGGUGCUAGGUGCUGAGUAAUAAAAAGAUAGCUAGGAUUUAGUCCUGGCCCUCAAGCUAUGGGUUUACGCCUCUCUCAGGACCUGCCACUUUGCCAGAAGGAAAUCUCCCUAAUUUUUCUUGACAGCUAAAUAUGCUUAUUCAAUACUCUUAUUCUGUAUUCUAAUUACGUAAUUGCAAAUUAUUUAAUAUCUAGCAUUUUUCUUAACCUUAAACCAGAUCAGCUUUGCUUGAUUCAUCUGCCUUUAAACUUAACGAAUUUUCUCCUUUGUCAAAAUUAUUUUAAUUUCAAUUUAUUUGUGCCUUUUAGGUCGGUUUCAAUCAAGACUAAGACUUUGAAGGUGAAAAACAAUCAGUCUGGUCUCUUGCUAAUUGAAAUCAAGUAAAGAUUAUACAUGCUCAGUUGGUUUCUCUACCUCUUCCAAAAGCUGUCCAAAUAUACCUUUAAGAUCUGUCUUUUUUUUUUUUUUUUUUUUUUUUUUUAAAUAAUUAAACACUUGGAGCAUUUAUUCAGAACUCAGUACUCAACUGGUCUGGUUGAUGGUGAAUGAUAAAGUAACACAGAAGAUGUUCACCUUACUCAAAAUCUGUCUUUCUGAUCAGUUACUUUAGUAGGUGUAUAUUAGAACUACACAGACUGUGCCCUUCCACACCAUCUCCCCAUAUCUCUUGAAAUAACUAAAUAGUCUGUGGCCAUAAGCGACACGUGAUCUUUUCUCUUACUUUGAUCUAACUCCUCGAUGUUGCGACAUGGCAAAUUAUUGCCCAGCUCCUUUGCUUCAUGAGCUUUGCUAAAUUCUUGAUACUCGUCAACUGAAUUGUAUUCUCCCCCCAACCCCCAACAGAAUGUACCUCUUGUGGUCUUGCUGGUCGCCCUCUUCCUUGCCAACCAUGUUUUAUCUGCAGACAUCAGAAUGUUUCCCUCCAUUGAUCUUUAUGGAAGACCAAAAAGGACGGUGCUUUUCCUACCCAGGGUCCUAAUUUCUUCACCGGGAAGACUCAUGUUGUUCCUACUUGGUCCGUCAUUUCACAUCUUACAAAUGGCUCAGAACUUCUCUCCAGUUAAAUGUCUUUGUGACGGACAAAUAGCAUGAAUUCUAUUUCAAGUUAUGUUUAGGAUUAGGAACUUCUCCAGCAGUUGCAGCCAGUGAUUUUCUUAUAAUACUAGCCCAUUUCCACCACGGAGCAUUUUGGAUUGUAUUUAGUACAAUCAAGAGUAACAAUGGUGGUUUAUGGUCUCUAGAGGUAGUCAGAACCCUACUGUUGAGUUCCUUUAAUAUCUUCUUUUCAAGUUCUCACAAACAUUUUAUCUGUUCAGACUACCUUUUAUGAGUGGGGACUGCAGGACAAAUCAUCUCUUGGAGUGGAAUUCCUGUGUUUGGAGCCUCAACCAGGAAAUGUCAGCUAUGCUAGAUGUAGACAGCUUCAUAAUAGCCUUUAUGAUAAGAACUUGUCUAAGUGUUCAUGUAAUUUCUUGAGUAGGAACUGUUUUUUCUUGGAUAUUUUAGGUAACUUUAUAUAUAGCAUAACUGCCUUAAAUCUUUUUAGUAGGAAAUAAAUUAUAUAACGUGUAUGUAUGGAUUUAUGUAUAUAUACACACUCCUCGAGAUACCUGAACAGUGGGGGUCAUUUAUCUGCUCACAUUUUAACACCGUUGAAUGAAUCUGUUGUUUAAAUCUCAGAUCUCUGUAAAAGUUCCCUAAUUGGCUUACAGACAUUUUCUUUUCAGAUCUUCAGGGUAAUUUAUUUAUUCAGCCAAGUCGUGAUUUGGUGGUUCAGUUAGAAUGCCAUUUUUAGACAGCUUGAUAAUUAAGAAUCAUAACUGGAACUCAUGAGCAUCAGAACUGCAGUAGACACCCAUUCAUUAAAUCAUUAUCUAGCCAGUGGUCUCUGGAAGGUACCAGUUUAGGAUUUUUUUUUUUUUUCAAUGUUAGAUUGCCUCUUCCCAUUCUUUUCCUCUUGGUUAAAGAUUGCUAAGCUGCUUAAGAUACCGUGGGAAGUAGCACCACCAAGUCAAGUUCUCGUGUAGUUAUGGGCAGCCGAAGGUGAUUCAGACCUAACUUUCUUGGCUGUGCUCAAUAGAAAUGGAUUUCCCAAAGUUCUCUGGGUCCUCUCUGAUUCACAGAGGAUCUGACCAGAGUGUGUUAGCCCAAGUUAACUUCAGUAUUGAUUGGUUUCCUGCUGUAAGAUCCAUAAUAGACCCCAAAUUUCAGCCACUGGUUGAAAUAUAAGGACCCUUGGAAGAAGAAUGCCGCUGCUGAUGGCAGUGAGAAGGAUCCAUGCAUGCUAGACAAAGGACUUUUAGAUUUCUCUUCGGAACAGUUCCUGGAAAGUGAUGUUCUCCUACCCUCCAAAAGAAAGAGAGAGAGAAAAAAAAAAAGCUCUUAGUUGCUCCGGAAUUUUCAGUUUGCUCUUUUGGGUGAGGGGUUAGGCAUUUACUUUCAAUUUCUAAUUAAGGAUGAUAAUUUAUUGAACCAUGAAAUCCAUAUCUAUUGAUAAAAGGAUGAAAGUGAAGUUUUAGAAUUCUAAAAAUACUUCAUUAUGUAUUUUCUAUCUCAUACUCCACUUUUCUUUCUCUCUGUGGCUUUAAAGCUUUUGGCUAUUUUACACUGUUAGUCACUAGAUAGCUUGCCAUAUUUCUGGUUCUAUAUUAAGUUCUACCCUUUACAAUGCCGUAGCAGAAAGUUGAUUCUUAGCAUCUGUCUGUAGGGAUAAAAGUCUUACUAAAGUCUCUUCUCCCAAAGAGCUUUUCUUUUUUUUCAGUAAGUCCCUUGAGAAGUAUGUUUGUCAAUCUCAUUAUUCACUUUCUUGGAUUGUUCAAACAAAAAAAUACAUUGGUGAAUAAGAGUAGGGAGCUUUUCCGGUGAAUAUAUGUACCGGCUUUAAGAAUGUAGUCAUUUGUUGGUUCGUGUAACUAAUAAACAUACAGAUUAGUGAAAAUUGGGGGAAAUAAUCACAUGUAGCAAGUAGGUAACUUGCAUGGGUAUGAUUUUUUUUUUUUUCCCCUCCAAAUCCUAUUCAGUGGCAAAACGCAGAACCCAAAUUGGUCCCUUUUUAGACCAACUUUACCUCAGGCUUCAUUUUUGCUUUUCUGACCCUGACCGUUAAGGCAUAAACAUUUGUAUCUUUUUAUUAGUGAUAGUGAAGCUGUGACACCAACCGUUUUUUGUUUUUAUACAAGAGGGCAAAACCAGCAGAACUAAAGAGUAAGAUGAAAGCAGUGCUGAACUAGAUCACAGCGUUGUAGGCAAAAUAAAAAUGUUCAUAUCUGAGAAUACUCUGCCAUCUCUUUCCAAGGCCAGGCCUUCUGGCAGAAUGCUGUUAGAAGUAACAAUUCAGGGCCUUUGUAAUCUGAGGGGAGUAUCUCCGGUUGGCAGUCUCUUCAAUAUAUGAAGCAAGAAUGUGGGAAAUACUUGGCAGAGAGUGUUUUCACCUAAAAAAGAAGAUGGAAAGACAUAUAAAACUGCAUUAUUGGGGACCUGGGUGGCCCAGUUGAUUAAGCAACUGCCUUCGGCUCAGGUCAUGAUCCUGGAGUCCCAGGAUCGAGCCCCACAUUGGGCUCCCUGCUUGGUGGGGAGUCUGCUGCUCCCUCUGAGCCUCCUCCCUCUCAUGCUCACACUCUCUCUCAUUCUCUCUCAAUUAAAUAAAAUCUUUUAAAAAAAUUCAUUUAGCUCUGAAAAUCUCAAAAAAGAUUCAGUGAAAUACUGUAUAACUGGGACAAAACCAGAAGGACCUUUAGAGGACUUGUCUGAAAACAAGUUUCAAGAGUGAUCGUUUAUAUACACUGAUCACUAAUUUGCUUAGGGUACUACCGACUAUUAAAAUCAACACCAUUAAAUAAGGUAUGUGUGGACUUCCUAGGAGCUAGCCAUUAGCAAGUGUCCUCAAAAAUUUUUUUGAGCUGAUGCCCUCAUAGGUAGCUUUCUGCUCUUGAAAAUUCUUAUCUUUUCCCUUGUGAUCCUAAGGGAAGAGUUAGUGGUGUGCUCAGGGUGACCCGACAGCCCCCAGAGGCCUUGGGACUGAGGCAUUCCCUGGCUCCAGGACUUGACGUUUCAAACCAGGAGAAGUCCUGGGCACACCGGGAGGAGGGGGUCACCCUAGGUGUUCUUGUGACUGACCCUUACUCCCUGAAACGUUGUAAUCAUUGCCGUUACAUUCACAGUCUUCGGGCUGCCAACAUUUGGGAUACUUGGUUAGGUGUCCUCCAGUCCCUUCUUGCUGUGGGUGGAAUGUGAGAUUCGUAACCAGCAAGACCCAGCGCGGUGGUGAGACGAACACUUAGGAAUCCAGGGAAGAUAACCGGGGGGGGGGGUGGGGUGUUAACGAAACAGAGAAGACACAACUAGAUAGCAAAGUUCUUCAGAACCUGUGUGUAUGGAAGUACAAAUCCUGUCUUGAUGGGGUUCAAGCUGAUCUGAAGUUUACCUUUUAAGCAGUAAGAGAAAACUGUGGUAUUGUGGAUUUCUUUUCGCUUGAGGGAAAAUCGGCCUUUGAUGCUCUGUCCUCUGCUACAUUCCCCAGACUGUCCUGCUCAGGAAGCCAGAAUAGUGUUUAUUCUCAGCGAAUGUUCUGUUGAGGCUACCGAAUGCAUCAGCCAAUGGCAGGUGGAGGCAUUGGGUGUCCUGAUCCAGACUGAGCUGUGCCCUCAGUGUGGCUGACCCCCGACCCCUCAGGUGCUUACCAGCUAGAACACCAACCCCGGGAGGUGAGAUUUUUCUAAUACAGCAUUAAUUUUGUAAUGCAACAUGCCGGAUGCAGAGCCUGUUGUCGUUUGCCUGUGGUGGUCCUCAGAGGCUGCAUCCUCUGUGCACUGUGACGUAGACGGUAGAUGCGUUCUUUGUCAGCUUUAAUCCUAUGAUUGUCAGAAGUACGACAUGGUUCCACAUUUUUUUUCCGUUUUUUAAAAUGAUGAGCUGAGGCUUUAUUGCAGCUGGUUUUCAAGUUAAAAUUGUGAAAUACUGAUUUCCUUCCCCCGCCCACACCAAAUAUUUUAGUCUAUUUAAAGUACCAAAAAAAAAAAAAAAUAGUUCUACUUAAGAGAAAACAUUGCUUAAAUGUCCUGUGAUUUCUGGUCAAUUUUUAUAUAUAUUUGUGUGUGUCUGUAUGUGCUUUCACUUUUUACCUUGUUUGCUCUCUACCUGUGUUAACAGUACUUUCACCAUUGAAAGGUGAACAUUUUUCCUAGCAUUAAAAAGAAAAAGCCA